ACUCAACAGAUGAAAGUAUUAUUGAGUGUCACUGAGUGCCAUUGAUAAUAUAUAAAAAAGAUAAUAUAUUAUAAUUAGUGCAACGGAUUAAACUUUGGAAGAAUUUUUUUACCAUAAUGUUUUCUGGUAUGGAAAAUAUAGAAAGUUUUAUAAAGAUUAUGCAGCAGAAAAGACUCGCUGCUCAACAUGAAUUAGACCGUCUCGAUGAGGAACACUCUAAAGAGAAUAAAUUAAUGAAGAAAUUGCGAGACUUGAGAAAUGAAAGAGAACAUAUCAAGGAGAACAUUACAAAACAUCUCAAUACGAUGACAGCGCACAAACAUUCUAUCCACAAAAUUAUACAUUCUUCAAAGGAUAUUUCAGGCUUACCUGUUUCACAUGAUUGUGCACAAGACGUAAAAACAAUGUUUAUUGAUGGGAUUGAAUUUUUAAACAACAUAGGAGAGACUUGUAAGACACUUAAUAAUGCAGAGGAAAAUAAUGUGGAUUCCUCAAAACUCAUUGAAGCUGUGACAACAUGCACAGAAUCUGUAGAAAGUGAAUUAUAUCAAACCAGAUGCAGCAUUGCACAACUGGAUACGUUAAAAGACAAUACAGCUUUACUUCAAGAACAUAUCUCAGAGAAUAGUGUUAAUAGUGUUAAUAGUGAUGAAGUCUGAUUCUAGUACUUUUAAUACCAAUUUUACUGUAUAUUGUGAAUAAUAUUACAUGCUUCUUAUAUCUAAAAACAUAUAAAAAUUGUUUAAUAUUUUAUGUAUUCAGAAUG